AUGUGCGUUUCUUUGGGUAUUGUUCUUAGGCCAAAGGCGGAGCGUCGGCGGCGCAAAGGCGCCCAGCGCCACAAUCCUUUGUACGAGGACGUCCUUGAUGCACAGGGUAUACCCUUGCCGGGAGGCGCUAUAAAGGCCAGUCGUAACAGGAAAAUCAAGGAGGCAGUGGAGGACGCGCAAACACUCGAGUCAGCUGCACGCAAUGACGUCGAGGGGGAGACCAUGCUGCCAUCCCGGCUGGGCACGAAGCUGCUGAAGUUAGUAGAAGACCAGCAGGAAGCCGAAGGAAUAGGGGCACCAUCUGAGGGAGAGGCGUCAAUAGACGAGGAGGAGGCUGACGAGGACGGCUUCAUUCUCCUGGAUUGCGAGGAAGAUGAAGACGACCUUGCCUUCUACAAACAGCGGGCUGGGAGCACCUCCAAAAACACAGUGAACCUGGCGGAUCUGGUCAUGGAACAACUCAGGAAGCAGACGGAUGCCCAGCCUGUGGAAGAGCCACCCGAGUCCACUUUAUCCCCCAAGGUUGUCGAGGUGUAUACGGCGAUGGCUCCCUUUCUUGCACGGUACAAAAGCGGGAAAGUUCCGAAAGCGUUCAAGAUCAUUCCUCGGUUACAUGCGUGGGAGGAAGUACUGGUGUUGACGAACCCGCCGUUGUGGUCGAAGCAGGCGACGAGGGAGGCCACUCGGAUCUUUUGCAGCAAUUUGAGAGAACAAAUGGCGCAGAGAUUUUUGUGCACUGUCCUACUGCCCGCUGUCCGCGAUGACAUCGCGGCAAACAAGAAACUGAAUUACCACCUGUAUAUGGCUCUGAAAAAAGCACUUUUCAAACCGGGUGCUUUUUUCAAAGGUAUUUACCUGCCGCUUGCCCUUGAUGGUUGUUCCAUUCGAGAGGCAGUGAUCGUGGGAAGCGUUGUUUCCAAGGUGUCUAUUCCGGUUCUUCACGGCGCUGCGGCAUUGGUUCGUCUGGCGGCUGUGACACCUGAACAAUGGAUUCCUUCGGUCAGCCACAUGAUGACAGUGUUGAUUGACAAGAAGUAUUCUCUUCCGGUUCAGGCUAUCGAUAGUUGCGUCACCCACUUCAGUAGAUUUAUUUCGAACGAAGUGAAAGUCACUGUCGCAUGGCAUAAAUGCCUUCUUGUUUUGGUACAACGCUACAAAGUCAACCUCUCAUCAUCCCAAAGAGCGAAGCUCAAAGAAGUUUUGAAGAUGUAUUUUCAUGCGAAAGUUGGACCGGAGAUCCGCAGGGAGCUUGCGGCGCAGCAGCCUGCGCUUCUUCUCGAGCAGCAGCAGCGUGCACUGCUCGCACUUGCCGAAAAUCAGAAAGAUACGCAACGAAUUGUUGUGGACUGA